AUGCUUAAGGGCCACAGCCCUGCCUCCCAGAUGGGAAGAUGUACUGUUGCUCGGGAUGGCAAUGUGUGGGCAGCAGCAUGCUAUCCCAUUGCCUCGCUAUAUUCCUUUGUUUAUAUCUGCUCGAAAGAUAAAGCAGCGCCCUUGCUCCAUGCAGGCAAUGGCAGGCUUGUGCACAUCCACGAGCACUAUUCUGUCCUUCAUGCAUGCAUUUCCCCAAGUUCUCUUGCUCUUGCAGAACUGUCCCAGAAGGACCACUGGAUGUCGGCUAUGGCAACAGGACUCGUUUCAAUCAUCCAAGAAGCAUUGUAG